AUGGCCUCGAACCAGAAGAUCGCCAUUGUCUCCGUCUUCGACAAGACCGGCCUCCUCGACCUCACCAAGGGUCUGGUCCAGCAAAAUGUCCGAAUCCUCGCAUCGGGCGGCACUGCUCGCAUGAUUCGCGAGUCUGGUUUCCCGGUAGAGGACGUGUCUGCCAUCACCAAGGCUCCCGAGAUGCUGGCUGGCCGUGUCAAGACCCUCCACCCGGCCGUCCACGCCGGCAUCCUCGCCCGUGACCUGGCAUCCGACGAGAAGGACCUUGCCGAGCAGAACAUCAGCAAGGUCGACUAUGUCAUCUGCAACCUCUACCCCUUCAAGGACACCGUCGCCAAGGUCAACGUCAGCGUCCCCGAGGCCGUCGAGGAGAUUGACAUUGGUGGCGUCACCCUCAUCCGCGCCGCCGCCAAGAACCACAAGCGUGUCACCAUCCUCAGCGACCCGGCCGACUAUGCUGGCUUCCUCAAGGAGCUCGAGGCUGGCGAGAUCUCCGAGACCAGCCGAAACCGAUAUGCCCUCAAGGCUUUCGAGCACACUGCCGACUACGACUCGGCCAUCUCAGACUUCUUCCGCAAGGAGUAUGCCUCCGACGGCGACCAAUACCUCGCCCUCCGCUACGGCGCCAACCCCCACCAGAAGCCCGCCGCUGCCUUCACCGCUGAGGGCAAGCUGCCAUUCAAGGUUCUUGGUGGAGCUCCCGGAUACAUCAACCUGCUCGAUGCCCUCAAUGCCUGGCCUCUGGUCAAGGAGCUCAAGCAGGCACUCGGUCUCCCCGCCGCCGCCAGCUUCAAGCACGUCUCCCCGGCCGGAGCUGCCAUUGGUACCCCCCUCUCCGAGGACGAGAAGAAGGUCUACUUUGUCAGCGACAUUGAGGGAAUUGACAGCUCCCCUCUCGCCCAGGCCUACGCCCGUGCCCGUGGCGCCGACCGCAUGAGCAGCUUCGGUGAUAUGAUUGCUCUGAGCGACGUCGUCGAUGUGGCCACCGCCAGCAUCAUCUCCAAGGAAGUCUCCGACGGUGUCAUUGCCCCCGGCUACGACGAUGCCGCUCUCGAGAUCCUCAAGAAGAAGAAAGGUGGGCGCUACCUGGUCCUCCAGAUCGACCCGGAGUACAACCCUACCGGCACCGAGACCCGCACCGUCUACGGCAUCAACCUGCAGCAGCACCGCAACGACUACCUCGUCAGCCCCAAGUCCUUCACCAAGGUCAUCACCCCCAAGGCCGGCACCCUCUCCGAGGCCGCCGCCCGCGACCUCACCGUCGCCACCAUCACCCUCAAGUACACCCAGAGCAACUCGGUCUGCUACGCCGUCAACGGCCAGGUCAUCGGCCUCGGCGCCGGCCAGCAGUCCCGCAUCCACUGCACCCGUCUCGCCGGCGACAAGGCCGACAACUGGUGGAUGCGGUUCCACGAGCGCGUGCUCGGCCUCAAGUGGAAGAAGGGCACCAAGCGCGCCGACAAGAGCAACGCCAUUGACCUGCUCGUGAGCGGCCAGCUCCCCAAGGACGGCAUCGAGCGGGAGGGAUUCGAGGCCGUCUUCGAGGAGGUCCCCGCCGCCUUCACCAGCGAGGAGCGCGAGGCUUGGAUGAAGCAGCUGAAGGAUGUCGCCGUUUCCAGUGACGCCUUUUUCCCCUUCAUCGACAACGUGUUCCGUGCUGCUCGCUCCGGAGUCAAGUACAUCGCCGCCCCCAGCGGCAGCCAGAACGACGGCCCCGUCUUCGACACCGCCGAGAAGCUGGGCAUCACCUUUGUUGAGCAGAACAUCCGCCUGUUCCACCACUAA